AUGUUAAUGCUGCUUGCCUUGGGGGUCUUACUUCAUGAAGUUCCCCUGAGUGGCCAAGAUGAGGCCACCCCACAGACUGGCAACCUCCCAGGGGACGCUCUGUAUGACUAUGCCGGUAUCCGCCUCCCUGAGGAGCACCUCCCCUUCUUUCUGCACAACAACAGGCAUGUGGCCGCCGCCUGUGAGAGAGACCCGCACUGCCCUUAUAAGAAGCACUUAGCAAAUCUGGAAUACUGUUGGGGUUAUGAGAAAUCCUGCAAAUCAGCCUUCAGGUUUGGUUACCCUGCUUGCCGCUAUGUCGACAUGGGAUGGACGGACACUCUUGAAUCGGCUCAGGACAUAUUCUGGAAACAGGCGGACUUUGGCUACGCUGGGGAGCGGCUGGAGGAGAUGCGUGCGCUGUGCCAGCCUGAGGCGGCAGGUGACUCCAGCUUGGUCUGUUCCCGCUAUCUUCAGUAUUGCAGAGCGACCAAUCUCUACCUCGAUUUAAGAAACAUCAAGAGAAAUCAAGACAGAUUUAGGGAGGACUUCUUACAGAAUGGUGAAGUUGGAGGGCACUGUAAACUCAACGCUCACGCAUUGUUGUCUGAAGGUCAGCGUAAAAGCCCUCUGCAGUCUUGGUUUGCUGAACUACAGAGCUAUACUCAGCUCAACUUCAGACCUGUACAAGAUGGGAACUGUGACAUUGUGAUUGAAAAGCCAACUUACUUCAUGAAAUUUGAUGCAGGUGUUAAUAUGUAUCACCACUUCUGUGAUUUUCUGAACCUAUACAUCACUCAACACGUCAAUAACUCCUUCAGUACGGACGUGUACAUUGUUAUGUGGGACACGAGCUCCUACGGUUAUGGUGACCUCUUCUCCGACACGUGGAAAGCCUUUACUGAUUAUGAUGUCAUACAUUUGAAAACCUACGAUUACAAAAGGGUAUGUUUUAAAGAAGCUGUGUUUUCAUUACUUCCUCGCAUGAGAUAUGGGCUGUUCUACAAUACCCCUCUGAUAACAGGCUGUCAAAACACUGGACUCUUCCGAGCAUUUUCCCAGCAUGUGCUCCACAGAUUGACCAUCACUCAAGAGGGACCCAAGGAUGGAAAAAUUCGAGUCACCAUUCUUGCGCGGAGCACAGAAUACCGGAAAAUACUAAACCAAAAUGAGCUUGUCAAUGCCCUAAAAACAGUGUCCACCUUUGAAGUCCAGAUUGUGGAUUACAAAUACAGGGAACUUGGGUUUUUAGAUCAGCUGAGGAUCACACACAACACGGACAUAUUUAUCGGAAUGCAUGGAGCAGGCCUGACCCAUUUGCUCUUUCUCCCAGACUGGGCUGCUGUAUUCGAGCUCUACAACUGUGAAGAUGAGCGCUGCUACUUAGACCUGGCGAGGCUGAGAGGCAUCCACUACAUCACCUGGAGAAGGCAAAAUAAAGUCUUCCCCCAAGAUAAGGGCCACCACCCAACCCUGGGGGAGCACCCGAAGUUCACCAGCUACUCUUUCGACGUGGAAGAAUUUAUGCGCCUCGUCCUCGAGGCUGCAGACCAUGUGUCACGACACCCAAAGUGGCCAUUUCAGAAGAAACGGGACGAGCUAUGA